AUGUUGUGGCGUUUCAUUGGGGCUGCAAUGGUAGCGCUGCUUGGCUUUUGGCCCGCACACUUGGACGCUUUUGUUGCGCAGCCAACAGGCUGUCAUCAUAAUGGCACUUGGUAUGCAGACAGAUCGCUGGUGCCCACCGUAGAGAAGUGUCUCACAUGCCAGUGUCAGAAGAAGACGCUAGUGUGCCGUCUGAAGGUAUGCCCCGAGAUGCCAAUGCCACCGCCUCGCGGCUGUAUUGUGGUGCAACAGCGGAACGCCUGCUGUCCGUAUCUGUCGUGCGCGCGUCUGGAUGCCUUCUACAAGAUACCGGCUACGCGUCGCAUUAUCGCAUACUUGGAUCACUACGAACGGGAGUCUAUUGAUCGCGUCGUAAAUGAUAACAUGUUGCAACGGCGCUCCGAAGAUUCUGAGGUGGAUAUGUACGUUUGCGUAAAGAACGGCACCGUCUACAAAUCCGGUUCAGCAAUGUCAUCAUCAAAUCUCUGCACUUAUUGUUACUGCAUUGGUGGCACUGAGAAAUGCGUCAAACCGAAAUGUAUGUUGCCCGUGGAAGGUUGUAAGCCCAUCUUUGUCGACUCCACAUGCUGUCCAGUGCGCUAUGAUUGCACCAGCAAGCCGUCUGGCAAAUCGUCGCAAGAGGUGCGCUACCGCAAAACCUCAAAUAAACAUUACCUUCGCAUGUCGCAACGUCUGCAGCGCAAUCGCGGCUGCACCGUCGAUAAGCAGUUCUAUGUGGAGGGACAACAAAUGCGCUCCGAUGUCGAUAAGCCAUGCGAUAUUUGCUUCUGUAUACGCGGUACACGUCGUUGUGUGCCGAAGAAAUGCUCACCAGCGUUAAAGAAUUGCAUACCGGUGGUCCCGAAGGGUCAGUGUUGCCCAUCUAGUUACGAUUGUGGCAACCAGCGUGCGCAGAGCUCACGUCAAUUCAAUUUGUUCUCAUUGCUGUUCGGCAAGGAGGAUGAGGUGAGUGGUAAUGAAACCACGAAAAUACCAGUAGAAUAUCCACCAGACAGGCAUCCAUCAGUGACAGUGACACAUAAUCAAAAUGUAUUGGAGAAGGGUGAUGAGAAAAGCAUAUUGGACACGAUCCGUGAGGGUUUAGAAAUUAUCGAUGGUAAUAAUGAUGAAGUCAUUGCGGAAAAUAUAGACAAAUUGGCAGCUCCUUUGACAAAAGUGGUAAGUGAUUCAGAUGUGAGCACACAAUCCACUGCGCCGGAUAAUGCAUCGACUGAGGUCAGUUUCUUAGAUUUGCUAUUAGGCACUGAUGAGGAGGCGUCAACAAAAGUGUCCGAGGAAGUUGUGCCUGAGUUGAAAACAACAACUGGUUAUGAGGGACUUUCUUGGGUGGACAUCUUGCUGGGUCCGGAUGAUGAUGACAAAAAGCCCGUGAGUACAGAAGCUAGUGAGAAAGGUAGUAGCGUAGUCGAGACAACGGCAAGUUACCAGCAAGAACCCAAUGUGGCAAGUAUUGAUCGUAUUGAUCAAGACUUUGAGGAUUUUACAAACAGCGGAGAGAUUCUUGUGGGCGAACCGCAAUCCAAUGAGUCGCUUGAGAACCCAGUAGGAGAAGGAGAAGUGCUGGAUAAAAAUGGUAUUGAUAGAGAAACUCAUCACCAACUGAACAAUAACUUACAAAACAUUGUCAUCAAAGACGACCAAACUUUAAACGAAAUGCUUAAGUCAGUGGAGAGUACUACAGCAAGAACAACAAAGCCAACCACUACCAAAACACCGCAUUUGACUCUGCCACUAACGGCAAAAACUACGCCAAGUCCGAGCAUGGAAACAACAACCAAAACUAGCACGAAGCCCCCUGCCACUACAGCUAUGUCCACUCCAAGGCCCACACAUAAACCAAUCGAGCUAAAAUUUGUACAGAAAUCAACACCUAAGCCCAACGAAAAACUGCGCAAAACCACUACCACCCGGCCACUGAAUGGGACUCACACGGCUGUGAAAAAUCCUCCAGAAAAGAAGAAAAAUGGACUGCUGACUGCACUGUUGGAUGGACUCUCCGACAUGCUAAGCUCGGAAAAUGUAUUCAAUAGCACACAGCAUAAAAUUCCAAUGAAAACUAAUGCGACUGCGAGUACAACAGCGAAGCCGCCAAAGGGCACGCUAACACUACCAACACCGAAACAAAAACCGCUGCCCUCCUUCAAGCCACUGCCCACUGGAAAACCAUCGCACACGCGCAUAAACUCUAAGAUUGCAAAUCUAACCGUAACACCCGAAGUCAUCAAAUCAAACGUACUACAGAACGUAUCCGCCUUCAAACCACUACCAUUGCAAAAUGUCAACAUGCCAGCUAUGGUGACAACUGCUCGAGCACCUGUGACCACCACAGCCGCAACUCUGAGCAGCGAGAGUGCCGUUUACACAACAAAAACACCACAGCCGCCCUCCACCACCACCAGCACCACAACGACAACAACAGAAGCCAGUAGUACUACCACCUCCAUACCCCCAACCACUACACUUAAACCGGUAGUGAUCAAAACAAAUCCAACCAUCUUAGAAGCAGAUCCUUUCGACGCCAACGCGGCACCAACAUUACCUCCCAGCCUACCUAAUCUGAAAAUCAUACCUUUCUUGCCCACUGAUGCCGUUAAAGCCGAUCGCAAUAAGCCUCUUUACGAUUACUACCACAGCAAUGCACCGACGGCCAAAGUCGAUUACGAUCAAUAUGAUGAGGGCAAUAUGUAUCCAGCCAUUACAGAGGCGCAUUUUCCCAUCUAUCCUGACAUCGAGGAUGGCAGCAAAGCGGAAUAUAUUUACAAGUUUAACGUGGAAGGACCAUCGCCUCCGGUAAUGUCGUCGACAACGGGUAAGUUGGACGCCUCAAGCGGUGCGGCAGCAGCUUUCGUGAAAUACGAUUUUAUUGGUGGGGAUGUGGAACAUAAAGGCUUCUCACCACCUACGAAAACAGAAGGCGGUUUCGUGCCCAAGGAUCCACUCGUUCUGAAUGAUGAUGAGGAGCAGACUGCUGCAUUGUCUUUCGGUGAUGCCAGCUAUCAAGUAACGAAGCAUUUGAUUGACAUAACUACAAGUGAUCCACUCAGAGAGAAUGAAACGAAAGUAAUUGAAAUCACAACACCUGACCCAUUUAAGGAUGUCAUCAGAACCGAAACGCCACCCGAUCUGACCUCUCUAAUAGAAGAUAAAGGGAAAAUAUUAGUUCAAAAUCCAACCCAGCAACAGCCAAUAAAAGCGUUUGAAGAUCCAGAGAAUCUGAGUCAAUCACUAAUUCACAUCACCACAGCAGCGCCGCAACCAGUGGAUGUGGUUCAUGAUGCACAACCACCACAUAAAACGAACACCGAAUAUAACGUAGAGCAAACGUCUCAAGAACACAAAAAUACAAUAGCAACGUUUUUGGAUUUACUUCUGGGCGACGAAGCCGACUUGGGCGAAGCUCUUCCAGCACCUAAUACGACUAAAGCUAGUAAUACAGUGCCACCGUUUAAAACCUUGCCCCAAGUAGCGGUUAAACCAUUACCCAACAACACUACCCCAUCGACAACAGCAAUACCUAGAACAGUAGCAACAACUACAUGGGCAAAAACCACAACUAAAACAACGCCAAAACCCAUUUCAACUACAAUCCAAUCAACAUCGACUACCACGACGCGUGCGGCGCCCACUAAAUUAAAUGUGACUGCAGCUGCUGCCCCCAUAAGAACAAAGACUAAAAUGAAAUCGUCCUUGCCGCACAGAAAUAAUACAUCUAUAGCCGCAUCCACAUCCAUUUCAACCAAACCUGGCUCAACUACACGACCAAAAAAUACGCGGCCUAAGUCGAGCUCGAUACGCCGACAGACGACAAAAGCUCCAACUGCACCAGCGUCAAGCCACAAGCGCACAAACAACACGACGACUGCGCGUAGCCCCACGACAACAAUAAGAAUCUCCAGCACCACCAGUACACCGAGGACAACAACAACACAGCGCUCGGUGCCAACAACCAAACCCUUGCUGCGAUCGCCUUUCGACACGCUGCCCUUUAUGGACACCAGCUUCGAGGUGAAGCGCACCACCAAGCGCCCAUUUGUCGUUGGCCAGCAUACCGAUGGCGAUUUCCUAGGAUUGCUACACUACAAGAACUCAUUGAACCAAUUCGAAGGACUGGAGCCAGCACACCAAAGCUUUCACCACAGCACACUGGCACCCAGCAGCAGUACAACGGCAACGCCGUCCAGUAUACCGUUAGUGCAACGAAAUAUUGAACAAAUCAUUUCAGCGGAAGCCGUGGCGCCACUUUCGUUAGAUGCGCCCGCUGCGGCGACUCCGCUUGAGGUGCAACACACCGCUUCGAAUAGCCUAAUUGACCCAACGGGAGUGCUGAAGCUGGCCGGCUGUAACAUAUACGGGCGCAUGUACCGAGUUGGCCGAAUUAUACUGGAGCUGUCCAGCCCUUGUUUGGAGUGCAAAUGUACUGAGGUCGGCGUCAAGUGUGGCCAACUGGCCUGUUAG